AUGGGGAAGAUAAACAACUUUUGGGAACUAAAUAUUCGUCAAAGCAGAGAAGGAAUUUUGAUCAAUAAAGAGAAGUAUACAAGAAAUCUACUUGAAAAGUUUGGGAUGACAAAUAAUUCAAAGUUACGAGUACCGAUGGCUAUUGUAACAAGACUAAGUCCAUCUUUGGAUAAACCAAUUGUUGAUUUCACAUUGUACCAAUUGAAUCCUAGAGAACCUCAUCUUACUGCUAUGAAGAAUAUUUUUUGCUAUCUCAAAGGCACUGUUUCGUUAGGAUUAUCGUAUCCUUCAAAAACAAGGUUUUUUAUUCAAGCAUUCUCAAAUGUUGAUCUUGGUGGGUGUCAACUUGAUCGAAAAAGCAUAAGUGGUGGAUGUUAA